AUGAGUGUCAGACUGACGUUGGCAACAGUUUCGAAGGUGAUUAGAGUAGGCUCCAGUUUGAAUUUGGUAUCGCAAAAUCGGAAAAUAAUGAGUAGUGCAGCAGAGUUCCCAUAUGGUAAGGUAUUCGCAAAGAUCGAUGAAUUAAAACCACAAUUCAUUGAUACGCUUGGGAAAGCAGUUAAGAUUCCAGCGGUCUCCGGAGACGAGAGCCUGAGACCUAUGGUUGUGAGGAAGGCGCAUUUCCUCGUCGGGGAGUUGCAGAGAAUUGGGUUCACCGAUAUUCAGUUAAAACAUUUGGGGACGCAACCGCCACCGGUGGAAGAUGAAAAUCUACAGUUGCCACCCGUGGUUCUGUCACGCUAUGGGAACGAUCCCAAGAAGAAGACGAUUGUUGUUUAUGGGCAUUACGAUGUUCAGCCAGCUUCGUUUGAAGACGGAUGGGAUACUGAACCUUUCGAGUUAUACGUGGAUGAGGAAAAGCAGUUGAUGAGGGCAAGAGGCAGCACAGAUGAUACCGGACCUGUUAUCGGGUGGUUUAAUGUUGUGCAGGCCUACAAGGAAUCAGGAUUUGAGUUGCCCGUUAACCUGAUCACGUGCUUUGAAGGAAUGGAGGAAUCCGGGUCGAUUGGAUUGGAUGGUCUUAUCGUGGAGGAAGCUGACAAGUAUUUCAAGGGAACCGAUGCGGUUUGCAUUAGUGACAACUAUUGGUUGGGCACCACGAAGCCGGUUUUAACGUACGGUUUGAGAGGAUGCAACUACUAUCAGACGACGAUUGAGGGGCCCGGUGCUGAUUUACAUUCGGGUAUAUUUGGUGGUAUUAUAGCAGAACCCAUGGUCGAUUUAGUUCAGGUUUUGGGAUCGCUGGUUGAUUCAAAAGGUAAAAUCCUGAUUGAUGGUGUUGAUGACAUGGUGGCUCCGCUAACAGAAAAGGAAGCUAAGUUAUACGAUGGGAUCGAUUUCACUUUGGACGACUUGAAUGCUGCCAGUGGUUCAGACACAAGCCUGUACAAAAAUCCAAAAGACAUCUUGAUGCACAGAUGGAGAUAUCCUUCUUUGUCGCUCCAUGGUGUGGAAGGAGCGUUUUCUUCACAAGGUGCAAAAACUGUUGUUCCUGCAAAAGUCCAUGGUAAAUUCUCUAUUAGAACUGUUCCUGACAUGGACUCUGAAAAAUUAAAUAAGCUGGUUAUUGCCCAUUGUGAUAAAGUCUUUAGCAAGCUGGAAUCUCCAAACACUUGUAAAACCGAGUUGAUACAUGAUGGCGAUUACUGGAUUUCUGACCCUAACAACACAUCUUUCACUGCGGCUUCAAAGGCAACUGAAUUGGUAUACGGAGUCAGUCCAGACUUGACUAGAGAAGGUGGUUCCAUUCCUAUCACGCUGACAUUUGAGCAGCAAUUGAAAACGAGCGUAUUGCUGUUACCAAUGGGCAGAGGUGAUGAUGGUGCACACUCCGUUAACGAAAAGCUAGAUAUUAGCAACUAUGUUAAUGGGAUGAAAACUAUGGCAGCCUAUUUGCAUUACUAUGCCGUUGCAGAAGGAAAGUAA